AUGUCAACGGCAGUUGAGAAUCUAAAUAUGGAGUCGCUGGUGAAUGGUCACAAUGGCCCACAUUUGAAUGGUACAAAUGGUACGAAUGGUACAAAUGGUACCACAGUUAUCACAAACGGCACCAAUGGUACAUGGGCUCAGCAAUUUCUACCACCACAACUGAUUUUGGACGACAGAGUCAGAGCUACUAAGAUUGAAAACCGUUUGUCCAAAAUGAUUCUUUGUGGUAACACAUUGAGGCGAGUUGGCGAAGUGUUCGCCAGAGAAAUAGAGAAUGGAUUAAAAGAACGUCCUUCCAGUCUACAGAUGGAGAACACAUAUGUUCCAGAGCUACCCGAUGGAACUGAGGAAGGGGUUUUCUUGGCUUUGGAUCUUGGAGGCACUAAUUUUAGAGUACUCCUGCUGGAGCUUCGCGCUGGUAAACUUGUGCGAGAGGACGUUAAGCAUUAUCAUAUCAGUGACGCGUUACGACUCGGCCCUGGUGAAGAUCUCUUUAAUUUUCUUGCUGACAGUGUUCUGGACUUUUUGACUUCGGAGAACAUGGAAAAUGACGUCUUUUCGCUCGGUUUCACCUUCUCGUUUCCGAUGAAACAGCACUCGAUUUCAUCUGGCGAGUUGAUUACAUGGACCAAGAGCUUCAAGUGCGGUGGUAUGGAGCGGGUGGAUGUUGCUGCCCUGCUGCAGCGCUGUCUGCGGGACCGUGGAUUGAAAGUAACGGUUCAAGUACUGCUGAAUGAUACAACUGGCACACUUGUCGCUGGUGCUCAUAUGGAUCCUGAUGUUGCCAUUGGUGUGAUAAUGGGCACCGGUUCAAACGGUUGUUAUAUGGAGCAAGCGAAGAGAGUUCAACACUGGGAAGCUAAACACGACCGAGUACAAGACGUGUGUGUUGAUAUUGAAUGGGGAGCCUUCGGUGACAAUGGAUGCCUUUCCUUCCUGAGAACAGAUUUCGAUAAAGUCGUGGAUGAUAAUUCUUUACUGGCUGCAUCUUUCACUUUUGAAAAGUACAUCGGUGGAAAGUAUAUAGGUGACUUAUUAUGUGCCGUAUUAAGCGGACUAGCUCACGACCGUCUUUUCCCUGCACCGCCAGCGAAAGGUUCUUUGGCCUCGUCAGAUCUUAGCAUGUUUGAAGAAGAGAACGUGACAGGUGCAUGGUCAAAAACAGCUAAAACAUUAACUGCAGCUUGCGGCGUGCGCAUGUCACGUGCUGAUGCGUUAGUCGCGCAACACGUUGCUCGAGUUAUAUCAAAUCGCGCUGCGCAACUUGUUUCUGUUUGUAUAGCGACGUUAUUGCUUCGUAUGAAUCGCCCGCACGUGAGUGUCGCUGUUGAUGGCUCAGUUUUCAAACGACACCCUCGUAUUCGUGGAUUGAUGGAGCGAUAUAUUGAGUUACUUGCCCCCCAUCACAAGUUCACUCUUCUUGGUGCUGAAGACGGCAGUGGAAAAGGCAGUGCUUUAACAGCAGCUAUUGCAGCCAGGGUCGCCGCUCGAUCACCUUAA